AGACCGGAAGGGGAUCGAGACACAGAGAGAGAAAGAGAGCCACCGUCUCCUAGGGUUUCCGUCUGCGGCGAUGGCGAUGGCGGCGGCGAGGGCGGCGGCGUCGAGGACCCCGGCGAGGUUCAUGCAGAGCAGGUUCCGCUCCUCCGGCGGGAAGAUGCUCAGCGAGGAGGAGAAGGCCGCCGAGAACGUCUACAUCAAGAAAAUGGAACAAGAGAAGCUAGAGAAGCUCGCACGCAAGGGCCCCAGCACAGGAGAGCAAGCUCCAUCUACCCCAAGCUCUGCAGCAAGCGACAUGAAAGCUGGAGGCGCUGGCCCGACGGCGUCCACAUCCACUGGCGUGUCGACCGACAAGAACAGGAACUUUGCCGUCCUGGCGGGCACCGUCGCUGGCCUGAGUGCCCUGGGCUGGUAUCUCCUGUCCAAGGAGCCCAAGAAGACAGAAGAGGUCGUCGACUGAAGGGACAUGCGGAUGAUGGUCUGCCUAUCAGUUUCAGCAUGGUUUUACUUACUGCGCAUGGACCUGUGUCUCAUUUUGCGAUGAUGAUGAUAAUAAACCGUGAUGUCUCCAGACUGCCUUUUGUAGCCUGAGAAUCUGUGACUGCUAUGAUCUUAGUUCUUCAUUUGCUCUUUCUCGUAAUUGAAACCUAUAGGUUAUGUGGUGCUGCACUGUUGCUGGUUAUAGAGGUGUUUUGGAUGAGGACUGUUUUGAAUGAAUGUGAGCUCGGUUUGCGGUGUCAA